UCUCCUUUUGGGGUGUUUCCUUCAAAUGACCACUUCCUCAUUCUCCAAUAGUCUCAAUCCAUGUUAGUUCCGGUUUUAAAUGUUCUGUAAUUGCACAUUCAGUUUGACACGGUAAGCUGAAACGAUCCCUUGCUGAUAAGGAGUUUGCUGUCAAGCCUUAACACUGACGACCCUGACAUCGAUGGAAACAACAUCAGGGACAGAAGACUGCCAAAAAAAGAUGAUUUUUAUCUACGUGAUUCUUUGCCUUCAUGUGAUGGUCAGCCACUGCCAGCCUCAGUGUGCCAAAGAAACUCCUGACGAUAAGGAUUUUUCACUAAAUGUGACUGAACAUGUUGCUGUGGAGUCUGGGGAAUGUAUAAGGAUCUCUUAUGAACUGACCUUUCUAACAAGCAAAGUUUCAGCCCCCUAUACAAAGACAUGGUUUAGGCAAGAUAAUUCAAAUACUUUAUAUAAGGCAUUUGUCAGCGAGGUGAAGUCUGAGUCAGAAGCCUCUUUCACGAUACGGGGUCUACCACGUGGAGAGUACGAGUAUGGCUUCAAACUGGAAUGGGGAUGUAAUCAGACAUAUGUUUUCCCCAAGAAGGUUCACAUCUCAGUCUCUGCAUCAACCCAAAAACCUACUGUUCGGGUUCCUCCCAUGAAGGAGGGAGACGUUAUCGGAUUAAAAUGUCGUCCUCCUCAUUUCUGCUCUAAAAUAACAAAUGUCUAUUGGAAAUGGACACAGACUGAUGGACAAUCUGAAGUUCUUCAAAGGGACUUUUAUACCACUUCUCAUCAUGAUUAUGAUCAUUAUUACUCAAGAAGACCCUUUCAUCCCUUAAGUCGCCGUGAAAACCUAUUACGCUUCCUUCCUACCGCAUAUCAUCACAACACCAACAUCACAUGUGUGGUGGAAUAUGAUGAUGGCGCUGUUGAGACAACUGUCACCAUGACUGUGAAAUUUCCUCCUAAAAUCCUGCCUGGUUCCCAGUGCAUUUUUAAAGGGAAGCUGCUGGUCUGUGAGUGCAUCAGUCGGGGGAAUCCUCAUGCCACCGAUCACCUGGCCUUUGGCUCCACUCACAGAUUACUCAGUCACCAGCUCUAG